AUGUUUGAUGUUACGGCUUAUUACGUGCACGGCCGUUAUGCAAGGCGCGCGGAACCGGCGCAGGCGCAUGCCGCUCGUGAGAAGCGGCGCAACAUUCGCAAUACCACUACUCUCUAUCACCAAGCAUGCUCAAUUGCUUAUUCUAACGCUAACCUCGAUAAACAACAGUUCACGGUCCAACGCCCUCACCGCCCAGAACAGAAUUCUCUUGAGGAGACCGCAAAGGGUCUUAGCGGUGAGACCAUACGUGGAUACCGUACGGUGUCAUGGACGGCAGCGACACUUCUUGCGAGCGAUCCGCCUUGGGAACUCCAGGCGCAAAUGCUUGCGGAAGUGUACCGGUACCGGUCAAGCCUCCGAGCUCGAGGACAAAUUCCGAGUGCGGACCAGAUUCGUAGGAUCAGGGCUCAGGGUCAGAGAGCCCUGAUCGAUUGGUGGAUGGAGGAUCUGGGGUCUCCAGCGGCGGGUCUAGCGACGGUGGAUGCCAUACGUCUUAACCUACGUUGCUGGGUCAAAAGACGGCACGGGGUGCGGUCCUUUAGACUGACACAGGUACUUACCGGGCACGGAAGCUUCAGUAAGUACCUGCAUCAGAUCGCGGGUAGGGAGGUCACCCCUGCCUGUCACGCGUGUGGUGGCCCAAGUGAUACGGCGCGUCACACUCUCGAGGACUGUGUUGCUUGGGGGCCCCAACGCUGCGCCCUGGUGGCCGUAACAGGCGAAGCUCUGUCGCUGCCGAGCGUGGUCCGCAGCAUGCUCGGCAGCGAGAGUUGCUAG